AACUGUGAGCGCGCGCGGAUCGCCUUCUUUUUCCAAGUUGUUUGAAGAGCGUUGGGCACUUAAUUUGCUCAGGUGGAAGACAUUUUUUGUUUGCGUUUUUUUUAUUCCAAUUUAAUCGCAAAUCUGACCGUGCUUUAAUUUAACCGUGUAAAUAAAGCGAUUUUUUCCGGCCAAUAUAUAUCAUUUGGCGGCAUUUUGGAACGAAGGUUACCGGUUUUUAUUGGUUUUCUGUUUUUGUUUGCUGGAAAAAUAAGCAAACAAACUGUAAACUGUGCUGCCAGUGAAGUUAGUGCUACUUUAUAAGGAGUAAAACCAAGUUUCUAACUGAAGUGACAGUGACGAUAAAGUGAUAGGCAACGUCAAUUAGAAGAAAAAAAAAAACAAACAAAUCCAGUGAUUGAUCUGAUUGUCAACAGAAAGUGCGAGAGCAGUUACCGCAAACCAGGAUACAGAAAAAAGGAAUCUCAGGUGGGUCGACGCACAGCCGGCUGGUGAAAGGAAAACUCCGGAUUGCUCGAAACGGUGAAGCUGUUCGAACAAUGCAAGGCCACGAGAAUAACGGCUUCCAGGCGGACAGUCCCUCGAUACCGGGCCAGUUCCGGUGGAGCACGGUCAUCGAGAAUGGCGUCAUGGUGGACGGUCCGAAGCAGCGACGAAAUUCCCGCGGCACAGAUUCGGUGACCAACAACAGCUCGACCACGACGUUGGAUCUGCGAGGGACGGAACCGGACGGGGAGUCUGCGGAAGGGAGCCCAGGGCGUGACCAGUGGGGAAAGGGUAUCGAGUUCCUGAUGUCCUGCAUUGCGAUGUCGGUGGGGCUCGGCAAUGUGUGGCGGUUUCCGUUUAUUGCGCUGGAGAACGGAGGGGGAGCGUUCGUGAUUCCAUACAUUAUCGUGCUGCUGCUGGUGGGCAAGCCGGUGUACUACAUGGAGAUGAUCAUCGGGCAGUUUUCGAGCAGGGGAAGCGUCAAGGUGUACGACUGCGUGCCGGCGUUGAGAGGCAUCGGUUACGGCCAGGUCCUCUCGAUCGCGAUCGUGUCCACGUACUACGCCUCGCUGAUGGCCACCACGCUCAAGUAUCUGUUUGAGUCGUUUCAAAAGAUCCUUCCGUGGGCCACCUGCGACGAACGGUGGGCCGGGUUCUGCAUCCCUUCGGGCGGAGCUGGUGCCUCCGCUGGUGAUGCUUUGAACUCCACGAUUACGGCCGCGGCGCUGAGCGCCUCGAAUGCUACGUCCGCCGUGAUGAGCUCCUCGGCUGAGUUGUACUAUAGACGGGUCGUCCUCAAGGAGCUCGACAACAUCGACGACGGCAUCGGCCUCCCCGACUGGCAGCUAACCCUGUUCCUCUGCCUGUCAUGGUCCAUCGUGCUUCUCGUUCUUAUCCGAGGUGUAAAAAGUGCUGGCAAGGCCUCCUACUUUCUAGCCCUGUUCCCGUACCUGGUCAUCACGAUCCUGCUGGUUCGUGCCUGUACCCUGCCCGGGGCCAUCAACGGCAUCAUAUACUUCCUGAAGCCCCAGUGGGACAAAAUCCUGGACCCCAAGGUCUGGUACGCAGCCGUCACCCAGUGCUUCUUCUCCCUUUCGAUCUGCUUCGGCAACAUCAUCAUGUACUCGUCGUACAACAAGUUCCGCCACAAUGUCCACCGGGACGCGACGAUCGUGACGACGAUCGAUACCUUCACCUCGCUGCUGGCCGGAUGCACCAUUUUUGGGAUUUUGGGACAUUUGGCGCACGUGGUCGGAAGUGACGACGUUGGAUCGGUGGUAAAGCCGGGAGCGGGACUGGCGUUCAUCUCGUAUCCUGAAGCGAUCGCCAAGUUUGACGUGGUUCCGCAGGCGUUUUCGGUGCUGUUUUUCCUGAUGUUGUUCGUGCUGGGGAUUGGGAGUAACGUGGCCAUGACGUCGUGUGUGAUGACCGUCAUCAGGGAUCAGUUCCCGAAGGUGAAGAACUGGCAGGCGGCUACGGUGAUUGCGAUCUGUGGAGUUGCGCUGGGGUGUAUCUACGUGACGCCGGGCGGUCAGUACAUCCUGACGCUGGUGGAUCACUUUGGAGCUUCCUUCAUUGCGCUGGUGCUGGCCAUCGCCGAGCUAAUUGCGAUCGGAUGGAUCUACGGCGUGGAUCGACUCUGCAAGGAUGUAGAGUUUAUGCUCGGCCACCGGCCUAACCUUUACUGGCGACUUUGCUGGCGCUGGGUUACUCCGCUGUUGAUGACGGCGAUUUUGAUCUACAAUUUGGUGACGCUGCAGCCGUUGACUUACCAGGGUUACGUGUACCCGACGAUUGCUUAUGAUCUUGGUUGGUGCAUAGCUGCACUUGGCUUACUUCAGCUGCCAAUCUGGGGCAUCUACGCAAUUUACAAGCAGGAAGGGAAGACGCUUUCAGAGAAAGUGAUGAACGCCUUCCGACCAACCCGGAACUGGGGUCCGAUCGAUCCCACCCUCAACCAAGAGUACAAAAAGUUCAUCCACCAGGAGUGAUCGAUCGAUCUUCACAUGUUCCAACCAACAAACCGGUGUAAUAUUCCGCUGCCAGAAACUUUACACAACAAAAAAAAAAAACGAUUGGCAUUCCUAGAAAUUAAACACAAACACAGUUUGGACAGACAAAUCUCAACGAAGCUAUUGAAAAGGAAGAGGAGGACGAGGAAGGAAGAAACAACUAUUUGCCCAUAAGUGCUACUAAAGUUAGUAACUAAAACAAAAACUAACAAGUAUUAAGUGUACGAGUGAAUUGUGAUACCUUUUAACGAGUUUUAAUUUAUUGCAUUUUAAUAAAGUGUAACAUAAGUGAA